AUGAUUGUCCGUCUCCCCGUCGAUUUUGACGAGAUCGGAGGGGCCUUUUACUCCUACGACGUCGUCCAGACGUCGAACCCUGGAUGGCCUGGUCCUCCUUAUCCAGGCGGGCAUUCCACGGCUGCGACUCUCCAAACAAGCCCCAUAGCGUACAGCCUAUCGUCGCCAUCGCAUUAUCAUGCGCACGAUGGUUUCGCCAGGUCCCCGUAUCCUGCGUCAUCAACAGCAAAUGCGCUCUUCCCGACUGCACCGUCGUUCCCGUCACCUGGCGCCCAUGCGAACUCGGAUAGAUGGAGAGACAUGUCGGCGCCCGCUACAAACGACGCGCCUUACCUCGAGUACACCGGUUCAGACAAGCCUACGCCUGAGGACCUUCGGAGGGCUCUGUUUAUCCCGCGUUUCUCGCCUCCGCCACCUCACUGGCGAGCACUCAUCCCCUCAGAGCCCGAACCGGACGCGAAUGGCUUCUACGCUCCUCCAAUAAACCGCUUUCCCGUCGAGCUGCUGUCCUACAUUUUCGCGCGCUGCAUGGAUAAGGAAGUGGAGAAGCCUUUCUACGGCUACUUCACGCCCAAUUGUACUCCUCUGGUGAUAGCCCGCGUUUGCCGGCUCUGGCGGUAUAUCGCCCUCGAUCUUCCCUUGCUAUGGCAGCACUUUUCCAUGCGUCCAUGUCAGGGUGGAGGACACUAUAGAAUUGCCCGACUGUUCAUGGAGCGCACGAAGGGCCUGGGAAUCUACGUCUACUAUGCCGAGGACUCACGACGCGGCGUAUACCCGCGGGAAGUUUGUCCCUGUGCUCUAGAUUUCAUUAUCCGGAAUAUUGGACUUGUCAAGCGGCUUGACCUUGUGGAAAUCAGCCCCUCGAGUCUAUUGCGCCUAUCACGCGUUCGCCCAGGAAUGGCGACCUUCAUGAUGAAGCUGGCUAUCACUACUCGAGAGGCGAACACGAAGCGCAAUGUCGCCCAGGCUUUGUCAUCUCUGUACAACACGCCGACGAUACGAGAGGUCGAGUGGUCUAUACCCACGUUUCCAGAGAAUGUUCAUUGGUCACGCAUCGUGUCUAUCCUACUCCGAGAAUGUGUAGUGGAUACAUACACACUCAUGCGCAUCAUCGCGAGCUCGCCCGCGCUUCAGCGGAUUGACGUCGAUAUCACGCCUGACGUCUCUGCUGUGCGAUGCCGCCCUGUCUACCAUGGCAUCAUGGAGGAGCUGAUCAUUGAGAGCGACGGUCCUCAGGACAUGCUCUUCCAGGCGCUCGACUUCCCCAAUUUGCGUCGCCUAUACCUCCGCCCCCGAUCCUCUAUCCCCAAUGACGCGCCGUAUAGCCAUGGCUGGCCCUUCCUCAACAUCGACAAUCUUUAUCGCUUCUUGGGACGCCUUCGGGCUGGUCUCCAGUACUUCCUGCUAGUAUGUGGUGGGGCAAGUUUCGACGAAGCAGCCCUUCUCCACAUCAUCCGCAUGCCUCAGCUUUCGCCUCUCAAGAUGCUACACAUCGCGGAGCUGGGAAGAGGAGCAAGUGACGCCAUCUUCGAAGAGCUCACUCUGAUCGAGGGGAGUCGAAGGGCAGUGACGCUUCCUCACCUGCAAAGACUUGCGUUAUGCGACUGCUCAACAACCGACGGCACCAUAUCUCGCAUGCUGCAGAGCCGGGACAAGGCCUCUUGUCCUCUCCGGCGGCUUUCCCUUGGAUAUCCCAUCGGGGAGCAGCGAGUCCAUGAUGCGGACGUCGCAACCAUGGAGAUGCUUCGCCGUAAAGGGUGGAUGAUCUUCUGGAGCUCUUGCUUUGGCGACUAAUGGUACACGGUUUCCAUUAUAGUUCUCUGCAGAGUUAUAGUUCAGAUUGACGGGUACAGCCAGAUCCCAACAGUAUAUCAGAGAUGUUUAUUAAAUACCACUGUCCUCAUCGUGAUACAUUUCGUAUACUACAAUUAUGACCGCUCGUCGC